AUGCAGCCGAAGUCUAUUGAUUCUAGUGAUAACAUUUGGCUCGAGAGGAAUAUUACUGAUGAUGAAAUGUUGUCUGCUUUGAAGAAACUGGGUCAAGACAGGCCCCCAGGCCCGAUGUGGCUGAAUCGAUUGGCGACUCAAAUCUACAUUUCUACCUCUCUUAUUCCUAAGAAAGAGUACGUGGAAAAAGUGAAAGAUUUAAGACAUAUUAGCUUAACCAAUUCUGUUUAUAAAGCUAUUUACAAGGUUUUAGCCGAAAGAUUGAAAACUAUGCUCCAUAAGCUCGUUUCCAAUCAUCAAUCUGCUUUUGUCGAAGGUCGUCAAAUAUUGGAUAGCGUUCUUAUUGAAAACGCAUGCCUGGACUCUAGAUUGAUAGUUGAUAUUCCGGGUGUUGUUUACAAGAUGGAUCUUGACAAAGCUUUCGAUAAUGUCAAAUGGGUUUUCUUGAUAAAGUUUUCAUCAAAAUGGGUUUUGGUGACAUUUGGAGAAAAUGGAUUGCAGGGUGUGUUAGGAGGGUUCCAUUCUCUUUUCUUGUCAAUGGAAGCUCUUGCGGCAAAUACUCUAGCCAAAAAGGCUGCUGAAUUGGGUUGGAUUGGUGUCUUUCAAGUUCACGAAAAUGGUACAAAAAUCGGUCAUUUCCAAUUCGCUGACAAUACGCUGGUGUUCCUUGACGCCGAUAUCCACCAGAUCAGGAUGCUUAAGUACAACCUCAUGCUUUUCGAAUAUGCAUCCGGUCUGCACACUAAUUUUGGUAAGAGAAAUAUCUUUGUUGUUGGAAAUGUCGUUAAUUUGAACUUGUUGGCUUCUUUUUUCGGUUGUUCUGCGGAAGCUUUGCCUUCUAUUUAUUUGGGCAUUCCUUUGGAGGAUAAAGCUCUUUCUAGCAACAAAUGGGACAAAGUUAUAGAAAUUUACAAUGGAAGACUUGCUUUUUGGAAAGGUUGCUUGCUAAGUAAGGCAGAUUUCCCAUCUAAGAAGAUUUGGACGCGUGAUUGGCCGCAUAAGGUUGCCUUCUUCUUGUGGAAAUGUGCCUUGAUCAGGUUGUCUACCUUGGAUAAUCUUUACCAAAGGAAUUCAGCUGUACUAACUCCAAGUGGUAAUGCUAUCGCGAAUAUUUGGAGAUAUUUUUUCUUGGAGGCGGAUAGGUCCGUCAAUCUUUCGGGUUCCACCAUAGAUCUUAUUAAGAACUGGCCAACUUCUCGUUUAUCAGCUUAUCAGCUCGUAGUAAGGAGGUGUGAAAGCGUCUUCCAGGUGCUGUUCUCUGGGCUAUUUGGAAUGAGAGAAACGCUAAAACUUUCAACAACAAGUAGCGAAAAGUUGAGGAGCUGA